UGCCUGACUUGCAAAUCAUGGUCAAUUCAACACAGACUUCUGGCCCUUUGCAGGCAUUGAGCGGUUACGUGGCAUCCUAUGGCUGGGGCCCUCUAUUGUCCGUUUCGCGCAGCACUUUGUUCAUUGUUAACCGUACUCAUCUCUCGAAUGGAUCUACGCUCACGUCGAACCUCUCCGCCAAGCUCUCGUAUUUGCUUCGCAAAACGAACACACUCACGACCGCUCGUCUCAACAUCGCCGCGCAUUAUGACAUCUCCAACGACAUGUUUGCCGCAUUCCUGUCCCCAGAUAUGACCUACUCCUGCCCAAUCUGGCUACCGAAGUCAGAUUCUCGUUCCUCAGAAGAGACGCUCGAGCAAGCCCAAAUGCGCAAACUUAGACGCUUCAUCACCAAUGCAAAGAUCAAGGCAGAUGACCAUGUCCUGGAGAUCGGCACUGGUUGGGGCAGUUUUGCCAUCUUGGCCGUACGAGAAACUGGAUGUCGCGUUACAAGUCUGACCUUGUCAAUCGAGCAAAAGGCGCUGGCCGAGAAAAGAAUUGCGGAAGCCGGAUUCACAGACCGUAUCGAGGUUCUCCUGUGCGACUAUCGCGCUUUGCCGACACCAAGAGAUGGAAAACUAUACGACAAGGUUGUGAGCAUUGAAAUGUUGGAAGCAGUGGGCAAGGAGUACCUUGAUACCUAUUUUCAAUGCGUCGAUAAGCUCUUGAAGCCUGAAGGAGGUGUUGCAGUGUUCCAGUGCAUUACGAUGCCCGAAANNCGUUAUGAUGCAUACAGCAACUCGGACGAUUUCAUCCGGCGAUACAUCUUCCCUGGCGGCCACCUUCCUACUGUCACACAACUCCUAGACUCUGUCAGAGCCGGCUCCUCUUGCAGGCUAAUCCCAGAGUCAGUGGAAAACAUCGGCCCACACUACGCAAAGACACUGCGACUGUGGCGCGAAGAAUUCAUGCAAAACUUCGACCAANAAAUCAAGCCUUCGCUGUUGGAGGAGCAUGAAGGCAUGACCGAAAAGGACGUUGACCUGUUCCGCAGAAAGUGGGAGUAUUACUUUGCUUAUUGCGAGGCUGGCUUCGUCACCAAAACCCUGGGUGAUGUUAUCUUCACCGUCGGAAGAGAAGGCUCGGUGGAAAUGAUGGAAGACGUGCCAGUC